GCCCCUCUCGCAUUUUAAGUCAUUGUUCACGUAGUGUGUGUGAUAGCCAGACAUUCGCUUUCUAAAAAGGCAAUUAAACGUGUUAUAAGCUUGUCAAAAAUCGGUGAAUUUCUCUCUGGGUGUUUGACGAUUGGACGACUCAGCCAUGAGCAAGAGAAAAGCCCCGCAGGAAUCUCUUAACGAGGGAAUCACAGACUUCCUUGUGGAGCUAGCUAACUACGAGAAGAACGUCAACAGGGCAAUUCACAAAUACAAUGCAUACAGGAAAGCAGCCUCUACAAUUGCCAAGUACCCUCAAAAGAUCAGAAAUGGGGAAGAAGCUAAGAAACUGGAUGGAGUUGGGGCCAAAAUAGCUGAAAAGAUUGAUGAGUACCUACAGACAGGAACACUACGGAAACUGGAAAAGAUUCGAAACGAUGACACCAGCUCCUCCAUCAAUUUUCUCACAAGAGUAACUGGAAUUGGCCCAGCUGCUGCCAGGAAGUUCUUUGAAGAAGGAGUGAAGAGUCUCGAAGAUUUGAAGAAGAUAGAACACAAGCUUAACCAUCAUCAACAGAUUGGGCUCAAGUACUUUGAAGAGUUUGAGAAAAGGAUCCCACGAGCUGAGAUGGAAAAGAUGGAGACACUUAUCAUUGGGGAGUUGACAAAGAUUGACACGGAAUACAUCGGAACGAUCUGCGGAAGUUAUAGGAGGGGUGCUGCAUCGAGUGGUGAUAUUGAUAUUUUGCUAACCCACCCGGACUUCACUUCACAGUCUGAAAAACAACCCAAACUCCUCCACGCUGUGGUAGAUCAUUUAGAGUCCAUUGGCUUUGUGACCGACACUCUAUCCAAAGGGGAUUCCAAGUUCAUGGGAGUGUGUCAGCUGCAGCAAGGAGAUGAAGAUGAGGAAGAAUACCUUCACAGGCGCAUUGAUAUAAGGUUGAUCCCCAAGGACCAGUACUACUGUGGUGUUCUGUAUUUCACCGGUAGUGAUAUCUUCAAUAAAAACAUGAGAACUCAUGCUUUGGAGAAGGGCUUCACACUCAACGAGUACACAAUUCGGCCACUUGGCGUCACUGGUGUGGCAGGGGAGCCUCUGUUGGUGGAUAGUGAAAAAGAUAUCUUUGAUUACAUCCACUACAAAUACAGGGAGCCUAAGGAUCGCAGCGAGUAAAAGACAAAGAAGGCUUGUGUUUCAAGUCUUGCACGUGUGGUUUAGUAAUAUCUCAGAAUACGGAAAUGUCUUUGGUAGGAUUGGAAUUUUGUGCACCAACAAAUGCACACUACAGGGAGUCCUCUGUUUACGGUGACCUCGGCUGCCGACGAUUCUAGCUCGAUUGUUUCUGACUUAGCUAGUGCUUGUCUGUGUUUUUGCGCUGGGAGUACCUUUCCUUUCUUUGCUCUUUUAUCACAUUAUGGCCACAUGGAAACGAAGCUUAACAUUUGGGGAAAAAAAACUGAGAAAGGAGAGACACUGGCAAACAUCGAUAAACAUUAAAGUUCAAAGCCUGUAUUUUAGCACAAGUGAAGUUUUCGCCUUGGUGAGAAAUACAGUGUACAGUGCUGGGAGAAGAAGAUUUUGUACCGGGUAGACAUCUGCAAGUAGUUCAUAAAGGUGUAGAAGCCAGUAGAACUUGCAUAUGCUUCCUCAGCAACAGCUGUCUGAUCCUCCCCUCUUUCUCUAUCCACAUAAUAGUAAGAAUGUAGUAUGUAUUUUACUUUUUUUAUACAAAGUAUAUUUGACGUAAAUUUUGAUUUCAACUGUGGAAUCUGACUUCCGCGGAACUUACCAUCGGAACGGAACUCCUUUGUAGCUAGAGGACUCCCUGUAGUGUUUGUUUUUUUUGUUCUUUUCUGCCAUAGCUAUUUAGUGAAAACUGCAUUAAGUUGGGCCAAGUUGCGUUAGAAAUUACAGUACUUAACCAGUGAGUAACUGGUUUUUAUGUAGGUUGAUCAUUUUUACUUGUUGGAUUGAGUGGGGCAAAUUUGAAGUUUUUUUAAUUUUAAUUUGCUAAAUGUGUUGCUCCUAAUUAUGAUUAUAAUUUUCAAGACCAUAUACUGAUUAUCCUGGUUUAAAGGGGAUCGUGUUUGUGUGUUUUUUUUUUUCUUUUAAUAUGUGCUAUUGUGGGCAAAACAGUAUAAGACAAGGUUGCAAACUUGCAUUGUCAUUUUAUUUUCAGGGCAUUUGUCAUAUUAGCUACUGUAUGGACUAUUUGAAACAAUGGACUAUUUCAGUAUGAGCAACACAACCGUGUCACAUAGAAAUUGCUUCAUGUAACGGAAUGAAUAAAAUAUUUGCAUCUGCUGA